AUGCGCUUCCUUAGCCUUUGUCGGCAGACGCGGCCGUCAUCGCAGGCGCCGAAUUUUUCUGUGCGCGCGAACCAAGCCGGAAUUGCUCUGAGCAUGGGCAGGGAUGACCGGGAGGCGGUGCGGGUGUUGGAGGAGAUGAGGGGGGCGGACGAGCCAGCGGACCGGGGGAGCGCACAGCACAGCACAGCACAGCAGCAGGCGCGCGUGGACCAGGCCACGGCGACCACUCUCUGCCACGAGCCCGCCCUGCAGUCGGACGCCCGCAGUGGCGUCUACCUGCGGUACGUGAGUCUGCUCUUCAGCGACAGCAUAUACCUGCCGGACGAGGCACUCCACAAGGUACCGCGGCUCAAGGAGGAGGAGGCGGCCAUGGCGGACAAGGACCGCUGGCUGCAGCUGCUGCCCGCGGAGAGGCAGGCGCGCCAGCAGGACUACCGGAGGGACGAGUCGGUGGGUUCUUCUGGGGGCUUGGCGUCGUUCCCCUGGGCAGUGGCAGUGAUGGGUUGGGUGCUGCCAGGGGACGUGGUGCGGCCGUUCAUGGGGCUAGCAGCGCAUGCCACGGCACGUGCAGCGGAGGCUAUGGAUGUAGCAAUAAUCGGCCGCAUCCCCAACGAAUUCCUUGAGCCCAUCCAGGUCCCUGCUCUGUUCUUUGUCUCUGUUUCCUGUGCUGCAGCCCCUCUGCUUCUUCACUCUCCAGCCCGUGCGCACCUCAUGCCAUGUGUCCUCACGUGUGCUGCAUUGCUUCAGCCGCCUGGCUGCUGGGUGCUCGUUCCCCCUACCCUCACCCCUUCCCCCGUGCUGCUGCUCCCUGUGCGUGCGUGGCAGUGCAUGUUGAUGCGUGACCCGGUGACGCUGCCAUCGGGCAACGUGGUGGACCGCCCUGUCAUCCUCACACACCUGCUCAACCACCCGCCCAGGGUAACCCUAGGAAAUGGCAGGCACGUGGCGAGAAGAAGGGAGCUGGGUGGCCCUCUUGCCGUGCAUGCGCUCCUCCCUCCUGCGCCCACAGCUGCUCGCCCACCCACUCCUCCCUUUCCUCCUGCAUGGAGUGAGGGAGGGGCGCGUUGCAUGGUUGAGGCGCGGCGUGCUGCUGCUAGAGGCGCUGGUGUUGCCCCUGCAUCGUGCGCCCCGCCUCGCCCUCUGCCACCUCGUCACAUGCUCGCACGCCUCCCCAUCCGCCACCCACCAUUCUUCCUCUCCUUUCCUCGUCCUUCCUUCGCACCUCCGCGCCCCUCCCCCUCGCACGUCCGCACUGCUGCUGCUGGUGGUGGUGGUGGCAAAGACGAGGCCAUGAGUGUGAAGACCUGCCCGCUCUCCCCCCUCUCAUCUCUCAUGCCACCGCCCUCCACCAACGCCCCCCAUUCCAUUCUGCCUGGUACCUUGUGCUGCACUGCUGCCGCCACCCACACGCCCACGUCCCCCUGCUGUGGCGUCACCACAACACGACGCACGCGCAAGGCACUUGCGCACAAGGCGCUCUCCCCCCCCCCCCCUCCACCCAAUCAUCAUCUUUCCUCCACCAACGCUACUGUCAUUUCCUCUGCUCGCACACCCGCUCCGCCCGCAAGCCUUUCCCGCGUGGCUCUCUGCACCGGUGUGCUCCGCGCACGCCAUGGGGAUGACACACACGCAAGGGGAGUGUGGCUUAGCGACGGUGAGUGGCGCGCGCUGCAUGGGGUGAGGGGCACGCUGCAUGGGGUGAGGGGCACGCUGCAUGGGGUGAGGGGCACGCUGCAUGGGGUGAGGGGCACGCUGCAUGGGGUGAGGGGCACGCUGCAUGGGGUGAGGGGCACGCUGCAUGGGGUGAGGGGCACGCUGCAUGGGGUGAGGGGCACGCUGCAUGGGGUGAGGGGCACGCUGCAUGGGGUGAGCGGGGCGGUGCAUGGGGUGAGCGGGGCGGUGCAUGGGGUGAGCGGGGCGGUGCAUGGGGUGAGCGGGGCGGUGCGUGGGGUGAGCGGGGCGGUGCAUGGGGUGAGCGGGGCGGUGCAUGGGCCGAAGGGGCGCUCCGCCUGCACAUCUCGCCCGCUUGCAUCCACCUUCCCAUCCACGCACACCCUCCUCCGCGCUCUCUUUCCUCCCGCCCACCCCCCUACCCCCGUCCCUCACACCACUCUGCGUAAUCCCGUUGCUCACCUUCCUCCUCCGCCUCCGCCUCUGCCCCUCCCGGUCCCCCUUUCCCCUGCAGGCAUGGCUCUGCUAGAGGUGCUGGUGAAGGCCAUGCUCCGCGUGCCGCUGCCACCGCCCACACUCGCCACUCUCGUGCGCUACUUGGCUCUCGGCAUUGUGCGCCCCGCCCCGUCCCGCCCUCUGCCGCCUCGUCCCAUGCUCACACGACUCCCGCCCGCCACCCACCAUUCCUCCUCUCCCUUCCUCGCCCCUCCUUCGCACCUCCACUGGGGGAGGGGGAACGGAGGUGGGAGACUUGAGUCUGGAUGGGUGAUGGGUUUGGGUGAUGCGUGGGCGGAUGUGAGUCGGUGCAUGCGCUCUUGCAGUGAGCACGAAUCAUCGGUUUUCACCUACCUCGCCAUGCCUCUCCCUCCCUUCAUCCAUCCCUCCGUCCCCGCCUCACAUGCGCACUGCACUCCUCCUCCCUCCGAAUGCGUCCCUUCCCACCCUGCCUUUUCCCCCCCGGUUGGCAGGGCUGGGGCUGAGCGAGGAGGUGCAGGCGAUGGCGGGAGUGACACGGCACGUGUCCAUUCAUGCCACUUCAUUUAUCCUCCUCCUCCGCUGUCCCACCUCCUAUCCUUUCCCACCUCCUCGUCUCGCACUUGUCUUGUAACUCACCUUUCUGACCUCUUCCCUGCGUGCCCCCUUCCCCGCAUGCCCCCUUCCCCGUGUGCCCCCUUAACUGCGUGCCCCCUUUCCCUGCGCCCCCCUUUCCAUGCACCCCCCUUUCCAUGCACCCCCCUUUCCCUGCGCCCUCCCCCCAGGAGGCAAGCUGCCCAAGGGAGUGCUGCUGGUGGGAGCUCCCCCCGGGACUCGGGCAAGGCGAUGCUGGCGCGGGCGAUAGCGGGCGAGGCGGCGGGGGUGCCCUUCGUCGGCGCGCCUCAGGAGGCGGCGCCCUGCAUCGUGUUUCCGGCUGGCAGUGCAUGCAUGCCUAGAGCUCCUCUCAUCAUUCGUUCCUCCGCCUGCCCCUCUCAUAUGGCAUUGUGCAACGCCAUGAUUGUACGUGGGCAGGUGUUGGGGCUGGCAGGGCAACUGCCGCAGAAUCCCUGCCAUGGGAGUGUGCUGCAUAGCGGCGGGGUGCAAGGCGGUGCAGGAGGUGCGGUGGUGCGCUCCACGGUCCACCUCUCCUACACCAAGGCAAGCCAACCCACUCGCCUCGCCCCCAACCCAUCGCCCACACUCCCUCCCUUCCUUGCUUCCAUAUUCCCUCUCACGCAAUGUGCCCAAUUCUUUCCCCUCCAAUCCCUUACUCUUUCCUACUCUCCCCUCCUCUCCCCGUCUCCCGCUGACGUUAUCUCCCACCCCCCCCCACUGUCUUGGCUGGCUGGCAGGUGA